UCAUCUUCAUCUUCAUCUUCACACUGCACGCUUCCCUCCAGGUUACCCUGACUAGACCGCCCCCGCCCUGUUCAUGGUCUAUAGUUUCACUUCCAACCAUAGAUGCGGUUGUCUGCAAUUUUCUGACAGUGCAUCCAUCCAUCCUAUCCCCGGCUUGCACUCCUGAUUUCUUGUCCGGAGGUCGUCUCCCAUCAUGCCCUCCGUUCUCUCCGAAGCUGACAAGGAGACUGUCAAGCGCACUGUUCCAAAGGCUGCCAACAAGAUCCAGGCUGUCGCCGUUGCAAAGCUCUAUAUUGCCUUUCCAGGCCGCCCACGAUGGACAUACACCGGCCUCCAAGGUGCUGUGGUUCUUUCCAACGACCUGGUCGGUAACACCUUUUGGCUGAAGUUGGUCGAUAUCUCUCCCGCCAACCGAGGCGUCAUAUGGGAUCAAGAAAUCUACGACACCUUUCAAUACAACCAAGACCGAACCUUUUUCCAUUCCUUCGAACUCGAACAAUGCAUGGCUGGCUUGUCUUUCGUCGACGAGAAGGAAGCGAGGACUUUCAAGAAGAAGAUGGACGAUCGGGAAAAGAAUGCUAGCAAACAGACCAAGGCCCAGCCUUUUGCUUCCGCCCUCGGUGGCGGUCAGCUAUAUGUCUCGGGCUCUUCUCACAAGUCCCAUUCUCGUGUUGGCAACUUCCUACGUGGCAACAGACACAGUUCCAACCCGGGGCCUCCCCCGAUCCAUGCACAGGCUCAGUCCAUCACUCCUCAGCCUCUCUACAGUCCCGCCCCGUCGAGUCGACCGCACAGCACUGCCAACUCAUCCGCAAUCGAUCUCUCCGAUCCAUCCUUGAGACCCAUUUUGGACGAGUUGCUUCAAAUGGGCAUAACUGAAGACCAAAUCGAACAACAUUCCGACUUUAUCAAGAGCUACAUCAAGCAGAAGCAGGCGGAAGAGAUGGCCUCCGGCAUCGCCUCAAGUCUGCCACCAAACCCUCCCUCUGAGCCAAGGUCAUCUAGGGCACCUCCUCCACCUCCACCUCCUGCUGCUCCCGCCGCUCCGCCUUCGAGGAUCAGCCCAGAAAACACAGGGACAGCAACCUCCUCCAGCAGAAGAGGCCCUCCUCCAGCACCACCACCGUCUAGGAGACCGGUUGGUGGCAGAGCUCCAUCGCCCCCUGCUCGAUCACCAUCCCCUCCUCCAAGGACACCGUCACCCGCGCCUAGCCCUCAACCGCGCUUUCGAGCCCCUCCCCCACUCGCCGAUGCUGGUAAAUUCGCCGUCAAGCCUGGUCCUGCAAUACAUCCAUCAGGUCGAGAUAGAGCCUCGUCUGCCUCACUGGCCAAUCCCGGACCUCCGCCUCCACCACGACCACCCAAGACACCAAUUGACGAAGACGUACAGCCACACGGCGCCCUUUUCAGAGUUCCUCCCCCAUUCGCCGGCGACCGCAACUCAUCCGGUCCCCCUCCGCCUCCUCCAAGUCGUGGUCCUGUACCCCCUCCCCCACCCAGUCGAGAUCCAAUUCAUGCGCCUCCCCUCCCACCCAAAUCAUCUGGCCCCCCAGGCCAUGCAGUCGCGCCCACGUUUAUCCCACCUCCUCCACCGAGUCGGACUAAUGCUCCGCCUCUACCACCACCAAACACCCGAGCAGUCCCCCCUCCCCCAGGAGGUGCAGGCCCUCCGCCGCCGCCUCCCCCACCACCCCCUCCUCCUAUGCCAUCAGCUGGUGGACCACCACCACCUCCUCCACCGCCCCCUCCACCUGGCGGUGCUGGCCCACCACUACCACCCCUUUCUGGCGCCGGCGGUGGGGAUGGCCGCGACAAUUUAUUGGCGGCCAUCCGAGGCUCGGGCGGGAAAGCAGGGGGCGGUCUGCGAAAAGUCAAAGAUUCCGACAAGAGAGAUCGUAGUGCGGCCGCAAUCCCCGGAAGUGAAAGCUCUGCUCCCGCCCCCGCAGGCGCACCGUCUGCUGCACCUGCCGGUGGAGCUGACCAGGGCGGGCUUGCCGGUGCCCUCGCGGCGGCAUUGAGCCAGAGGAAAAAGAAGGUCAGCGGAAGUGACGAUGAGAAGGAUGAUGAUGACGAUUGGUGAGGCCGUGGUGAGUGGCUUGGAAGGUGUUAUAUGGGUUCGGACCCUGCUCGGUAGCGUUCUCUUCUUUGGGUGAAGAAGGUGUUGUCCGCGGGAGACUGGGCACUUGAAGCCAAUGCAGAUUGCAUUGGGGAGAACAUCAAAAGGGCAUAAAUCUAAUCGCAAAGAAGAGGUGCCCCUGGAAGUCAGUCAUAGGCCUGGUUAUGAGGCCCUGGAUUUGCUCCUGGUGAGAGAUCUAAUCUAGACACCCCUCGCUAGAUUUCUCAAUGUGACAACAUAUCCACAAGAUUUAUAAGAUAAAUCAGGCUUGCCCCAUCAACAAUAGCAAUGUAUAGGCGUGUCAUCAUUUAA